GAGGAGACCGGAAGCAGAGACGGACAAUGUCCAGUUCGGCGUCAGCGGACACUUCUGCAUAUCCCCGACCAGGUCUUACAUCGUGAUCUUCAUCCUGUUUUUCAUUAACCUCUUAAAUUACAUGGAUCGCUUUAUCAUUGCAGGUGUGCUGAGUGGGAUUCAGGACUACUUUAAAAUAAGUGACACGUCAGCUGGUUUACUGCAGACAGUCUUUAUCUGCAGUUACAUGAUAUUGGCCCCUUUGUUUGGUUACCUGGGUGAUCGGUACAACAGGAAGAUUCUCAUGUCCAUCGGGAUAUUCAUUUGGUGUGGCGUGACACUGGCAGGAUCGUUCACCACUCAGUCUCACUUUUGGGCACUGGUUGUGUGCCGAGCCUUUGUUGGCAUCGGGGAAGCCAGUUACUCUACCAUCGCCCCUACCAUCAUUGCCGACCUCUUUGUAGGUGAUAAAAGGACCUUCAUGAUCUCUAUCUUCUACAUUGCAAUUCCAGUUGGAAGUGGCCUGGGUUACAUCCUUGGAUCUGGUGUAAUGAAACUGACUGGUGAUUGGCACUGGUCAAUGAGGGUGACCCCAUGUUUGGGACUCGUGAUCUUUCUCUUCCUCAUCUUCAUUGUUCCGAACCCUCCCCGAGGAGCCUCAGAAAAUCGCACGGACUCAUCCGAAUCUAGAACCUCCUGGUUGGAGGAUCUCAAAUACCUGUGCACAAACUGGAGUUUCGUGUUGUCAUCGUUGGGCACCACAGCUGUCACAUUCACAACUGGUGCCCUGGGAUUCUGGGCACCCAUCUUCCUGCUCCGUGCACGGGGUUUGGAUGGCUCCCCUGUCCAUACAUCCAACAGCUCAAAGGACAGUUUAAUAUUCGGAGCCAUAACCUGCAUGACAGGAAUCAUUGGGAUUGCAAUAGGAGCAGUGAUUUCAAAACACUUAAAAAAGAAAGUUCCUCAUGUUGAUCCUCUAAUUUGUGCAGUUGGCAUGUUGAGUAGUAGCCCCUGCCUCUUCCUCGCUAUUGUGCUAGCCAAACAUAGCAUUGCACUGACAUAUUUCUUUAUCUUCUUGGCUGAGAUCUUCCUUGCUUUGAAUUGGGCAAUCGUUGCAGACAUUCUCUUGUACGUUAUUGUCCCAGCCCGACGCUCAAUGGCAGAAGCAGUACAGAUAACUGUCUGCCACCUUCUGGGAGAUGCCAGCAGCUCCUACAUCAUCGGUCGUAUCUCCGAUGCUAUCCGGAAGACACAUCCAACAUCAACCCGUUGGAAGUUUGUAAGCCUGCAAUAUGCUUUCCUGAUAUGCCCCUUCAUUGCCGUUGUUGGAGGAGCUUUAUUUCUUUGGACUGCUAACCAUCUAGAGGAAGACCAAAUAAAAGCAACACAGCAAGUUCAAGAUCCAGCAGACAUUGUCUCCUUCCAAGGAAGCUAAGACUCCAUUGCCAUGCCUGUGGCUGAGGUGUUGAGUUGAAUAAAGUCAUUCAGGCUGCUAGACUAAAAGACAAUUUUGUGAUUGGCUGGAACAUCAAACAAUAAGAUUUUAAUUAAAUAAAAACACUGGUAGCAGUCAUUUUCUACACAAGAGAAAACAGCACUUCCAGCAGCGGCUUUUUGAAGGCAGCCUUUACGUCUCUAUUCCUCACUCUUCUGCUUUGCUUGUACGUACAGCAAGUCAACCUAGUAUGUAGCCAACUGCCUCUGCCUAUGAAAGUUGUUUCCAGUGGUAACAAGGUCUUUUGUUGUCACAUGAAAAAGAAAGUGCUUUGAGCAGAACACAGUGCUAAAUGUUCAGCCAUGGACAUCACUAAUGGACUGUUUACUGCCUCCUAGCUCAGAAAAGAGCCUUUUCAAAAACUCAUUACCCCCAAUGAGCAGGAAUAACUUCUCAGCACAUCCCAAAGCGCUUUGCAGCCAGUGAGUACUUUUGCAAUGUCAUAACUGUUGUAAUGCAGGAAACAUAACAACCAAUUUGCACACAGUAAGAUUCCACAAGUAGCAAUGUGA